UUCACAUUACAUUCAUUCAAUUCAAGUUUCUCUCUCUCAGAUCAGCGACAAUAACCCUGCCCUUUGCUUUAUAUUAAUGGUUGCGUGAAGCAGAAGUUUGGAAUAAUAGUCGUUCUGUUCUCUACUCUCUAGCUUGCUACCUUCUUGGAGAUUUGGUAAUUAUUGCAAACUCCUCACGUUUCUAAGUUAGUGUUUCUCGAAAUGGGGAAGAAAACAGAGCUCGGAGAUCACAAGGAGACAGCCAAAGUCGAAGCUGUUCUUGAGCUUCUCAGAAAACAAACCCCUCUCACUGUUAAGCAGGAGAAGUUUUGCAACUACGCUUGUGUGAAACGGUUCUUGAAAGCAAAAGGGGAUAGUGUGAAAAAAGCUUCGAAGCAACUCAAGGCCUGUCUUGCCUGGAGAGAGAGUGUAAUCACUGAUCACUUGAUAGCGGAUGAUUUCUCAGCAGAACUGGCUGAUGGGUUGGCCUAUGUGGCUGGUCAUGACGACGAAUCCAGACCUGUCAUGAUUUUUCGUUUGAAGCAAGACUAUCAAAAGUUGCAUUCCCAGAAAAUGUUUACUCGUUUGCUGGCAUUUACAAUGGAGGUGGCUAUUUCGACGAUGCCAAAAAACGUAGAGCAAUUUGUGAUGCUUUUUGACGCAAGCUUUUACAGAUCAGCAUCUGCUUUCAUGAACCAAUUGCUACCAGCACUGAAAAUUGUGGCGGAGUACUACCCAGGAAGACUAUGCAAAGCCUUUGUGAUAGACCCUCCCUCACUUUUCGCUUACUUGUGGAAGGGUGUUAGGCCGUUCGUGGAGCUAUCAUCGUGGACCACGGUGGUAUCAUCGUUGGAUUUCGAAGAAUCGUUCGACUUCAACGACUUCGCGGCGUACCCGCGAGCCUCGUCCCUCCGAUUCGAUGCCUCGAGCGUUAAAUCAACGGCGAAGAUAGGCUCGUGCUCCUCUUCCCGCUUCUCAUUCACCGUCUCUCACCACCUGGACUCCUUGAAGCCCUGGUACCUGAGCCUGGCCGACACGUCAGCAUCGAAAGUGGGACCCACGAGUCCCUCUCCCGCGCUGAUCUCGCCGCUAAACGCGCGCUCGCUCUCGUUCGCCUCGCCCGUCGCGAGGACCCCCCGCGGCCCCCCGGCUACCAGGAAGGGCCUCUUCCCCUCCACCCCGCUGCCGCAGCGAGUGACGGCCCCGCCGAGGACCUCGUUCCUGCAGUCGCCGGCAACGUUUUUCCGUCGAGAGAGCCACGCGACCGUGAAGGGAGAGAGGUGCCGAGAAUCGUUCUUGCCCUAUGUGAAGUUCUACAGAAGACCGUACGACGAAAUGGUUUACAGGUCGAAGAUGCGGCCCCCACUCGGUGGCCUGAUCUCCAUUGUUUCCCCUCACAUCAGAAGACGUCACGUUUCCGUUUCUCAGCGUUUCUAAUAUUUUAAUUUGAAAAAUCUAAAUAGCACUACACCGCAAUCAACCCCUCUAAUUUACCACUGCAAUUCUCCCUUCACCUGAGUACAUAGUGUUAGUAUAUUUGAAUGUAUUAAUUACUAUUAUUACCACCAUGAAGUAGACAUUGAUUCGAUUUUUGAUCCUCAA